CUUUGGUGUGUGGCCAUUUCCCCUCAUUCCAAAUUCACCUCCCUGCCUCCGUCUCUCGAUGCAGCAAGCUGACACGAUGGGCACAGAGGCAUCAAGUCUGAAGACCUCCAGCACUUGCAACGGCCUUGGAGAUUCGCGAGGCGAUGAAGGCAGGCUGGCACAUGUGCAAGGGAGAUUGCAAGAACUCACGGGGACAACGACCUUCGAUUUGGAAUGCCCUUAUGCUCGCACGUGCUGGGAGCUGCUGGCCCUGUACGCAGACAUCCCCGCAGAGAGGUUCAACCACCGCCACGACGUGUGCUACUGCAAGGAGUCUUGCUGUCCAACCCCACGCAAGACGCGCCUGAAAACAGGCGGCUGCCCACAAGGCUGGGUCCGGUUUGCCCUCAGCGUUAACGAGACAAUCUGUGAGGCCCGCAAGGUGUUCAACCACUGGCACAAGUGCUUCCACGGCACCACGCUGCGCGCCCUCGACUCCAUUGUCGAGAUCAGCCAGCUCCUCAAGCCGGGAAGCGAACUGCCGGACGGAACCGUGAUUGGCACGCGCGACGGCCACAUCCCACAUGCCUUUGGCGUGCAGCCGGCCAACGCCCCCAUUGAACACAACUACACCAACAUGCGCCACAUGUGCGUGGCCCCUAACAAGACCAUCUUCGUCUCGCCCAGCAUCAACUACGCCGCGCACCGGGCCUACGCAGAGCCCGUGUACGUCGACCGCGACACCCGCAUGACCGUUGUGCUGGAAUGCCGCAUGUGUCCAAGGGCAUACAGCGCAUCCGCCAGCACCGUGCGCGAGCACGUCGCCGACGACUACGUGUCUGCAGACGGCAUGGAGUGGACUACCGAGCUCAACAACGUUCAUUACAUCACAGGUGUGCUGGUGAAGGUGGAGAAGCUUCAGCACCGAGUGCCGGCUGCCAGAGUCAUGCCUGGCAGGCACACGCUCGCCACCUCCCCGCUCGUGUGCACACCGGAGGCUGUCGCUCGCCACACCCUGAGAUCCCAUCGCCGCAGCCUGCACCUCCUUGCCGUGCUUGAUGGCACAAUGCCAUUCUCGCUGAAGUGCGAGUAUGCAAAGCGAUGCUGGAGUGCACUCACCACGCUGGCCGAUACGCACCGCAUCGACCCGCGCUUCUUCAACCACACCUACUCUCGCUGCUACUGCGCAUCGUGCCUUCCAAAGUCCGACAAGGGCGCGGUGUUUCGCCGUGGUGACAAGCCAUACCAGCUGCCGGAAGGCUGGGUGCGUAUUGGCCUCCAGGUCACUCACACCCACGCCCGCGCCACGAAGCUUUGGGAAACCUCCCACGUCUGCUACCACGGCACCUCCAUUGGGGCACUCAAACCCAUCAUCGAAGGGGGAGAGAUUCUGCCGCCAGGAGAAGUCAACGUGACGCACACGCACAUUAUUCCGCGCGACGAUGAGGACAACCCACGUGAAGGCCGCCUGCCAACCGUCUACACCACGCCCGCACACAACCUGGAUCGCAUCCACAAGUCCGUCUUCGUGUCCCCCUCGGUCGCCUAUGCGUCCUCAAGCACGUAUGCGGAGCGCUACUACUGGCCAGGCGGCCGCCAGUUUCUGGUGCCCGUGUUGCAAACCCGCAUCCGCCCUGACACGUACGAUGUGCGGUCGUCCACGCUGAGGGACACGCCACACGACCCAUGCUACUCCGCGGAUGAGAUGGAAUGGUACACCCCUCGACGAGGGGUCAUCCAGAUCUACGGGCUUCUGCUCAAGCUUCAUCCCGCUCAAUGAAUACCAACAUGCAGACAUGCUACUGCGACAACAACAUGUUCAUGUGUGUAGAUGUGUGCGUGCGGAUUGUUUGUGCGUGCUGUGCAUGUGUGUGUGUGCGUGUGUGGAUGUGUGUCUGCAUCUGAGCCAAACGUGAUCUUCAAGUAAACCAUAGCGAUGCGA